AUGUACUUGGAUGAGAACGCAGAUAGGUUGGUUCCUUUAAGAGAUGAAACAAAUGAGCACGUAAGGUCUCUAUUAUUCUUUGGCCUAAGAGAAUGGAGGCCAAAAAGUGAAAAAGGAUUAUCAUCUCUGUUGAAGGAUUUCAAAGUGCUUAGAGUUUUGAAGGUUGAAGGUCUUAAUCAAGUAGAAGUAGAGUUGCCAAGUGAAAUUGGAAAUAUGGUACACUUAAGGUUUCUAAGUGUGAAGGAGAGCGAAAUAAAAACGUUUCCGCCGUCCCUAGGUAAUUUAGUAUGCUUGCAAACUCUUGAUUUUCGUGUUUCCAGUUGCACCAUAGUCAUCCCAAAUGUGAUAAAGAAGAUGAAACAAUUAAGACAUUUAUAUUUACCCUGGGAAUACAGAGCAAAGGGUAAGCUGGAGCUGUCUACUCUUGGCCAUCUACAGACCUUAGAUAGCCUUUCAAGUGAGUAUUGUGAUAUGAAACAUGUUGCUAGAUUAACAAAUCUUAGAAAACUGAGAAUAGGACUGUCAAGCUCUUUGCAAAAUCUAGAGGAAAUCUUAAAAUCUAUAGGCAGCACGCUUAACCGUAUCUGGUCUCUAAUUGUGCACAACGAUUCUGAAACGAAUAGCAGUGAAGAGCAAGCUAUGCAAAUAGUAUCAAGCUGUCAAGGUAUAUACAAAUUGGCGUUGGUAGGGCCAAUUGCAGAAUUACCAAAAGAGCUCCCCAACUAUCCAAACCUCACCAAGUUAGAGUUGUGUAGGUGUGGUCUCAAGGAGGACCAAAUGGGAAUACUAAAGAAGCUACCAAACCUAACAACUUUGCGUCUUUUAUUUGGCGUACGUUUUCCAUGA